AUGGAUAUCCAGGAAGAACUUCGUAUAGCUCACGCCCCUGCUACUAGCAGUGCUUGCGUCCAGGCGCCACCGCUAAGCAUAUCACAGCGUUUACGUACCUUGCGCGCACGCUUUCAUAUCACCCAUGUACCUAACUGCAUUUGGUCUGCUCUCUUCACAGCGCUGGGUGGAUUCGUUUUUGGCUUCGACACUGGCAGUAUUGGCUCCAUUACAGUGAUGUCACAAUUCCAAGAGCGAUUCUCCAAGACAGGUCACCUAUCGUCGACUGUCCAAGGACUCAUUGUAUCGACUAUUCUCAUCACAGCCGCCAUUGCGUCUCUCGUCUCUGGACCUCUGUCGGAUAGAAUAUCGCGAACCAGGACAAUCGCACUCGGUGCCAUCGUUUUCGCCGCUGGCAGUGUGAUCUCAUGUUCUGCGCACGCCUUAGCACAACUUCUUGUCGGAAGAUGCGUUGCGGGGGUCGGCGAAGGCCUUUUUCUCUCGGCAAGAACUGUGUACGCUAUCGAGAUAGCUCCAGCCUCCGCUAGGGGCAGACUGGGGUCCGUUGUCCAGUUGUUGGUGACUACAGGAAUCGCCGCUGGGUAUUUUGUCUGUUACAGCACCGUGCGUGUGGGGUCUUCAUUCUCGUGGCGUUUUCCUUUUGGCAUGCAGGCGGUUGUAUCCGUUGUGCUUGCCGUGGGCGCGCCCUUCCUACCCCACUCACCUCGAUGGCUGCGGCAUGUCGGAAGAGACGCGGAAGCCGAAAUCGCAUGGCUGAAGCUCGGCGUGAUCUCGGCGGAUGCACACAAAACGGAAGAGCAUGUCCGUCGCGAUGCGUCCGAAAGGACGAACAUUUGGCAGGAGCUAUCCCAUCUCUGGACCAAGGGCAUCAGAACCCGAACCAUCCUGGGUGUUUUCUUGAUGGGAAUGCAACAAGCAUCUGGUAUUGACGGCGUCCUCUAUUAUGCCCCCGUCCUCUUUUCGCAAGCUGGGUUGUCUGCCACAACCGCAUCCUUCAUAGCGUCUGGUGUAUCUGGAAUCAUCAAUGUCGUCCUCACCUUUGCUGUGCAAUUCUUCGCAGACAAAUGGAGUCGCCGAGCUUCCAUGAUCCGCGGCGGUAUUGUGAUCGGCGUUGCAAUGAUUUUGAUUGGCUCACUCUAUGCCUCGCACGCUUCCGAUACUGUCGCCGGCCGCUACGCGAUAAUCGUGCUCAUUUAUAUAUUCGUGGUUGGAUACGUCGCAAGCUGGGCAAUUGUGACACGAACCAUUUGUAGCGAAAUACAACCAAUGAGAACACGGGCUGCUGCCACCAGCCUGGGUCAAUGCGCUAAUUGGGUCGUCAAUUGGGCAAUUGCCUUCUCCACUCCACUUUUCCUUGCCCGAUCGUCAUAUGGGCCGUAUUUCCUCUUCGGAGGCUGCUCACUAUUCACGACCCUAGUAUGCAUCGGUUUCCAACCGGAAACGAGAGGCGCAUCACUGGAGGAGGUCGACAAGGCGUUUGAAGAGCCCCCCUGGCGCGUUAUGCUCAAUAAACGCAAGGCACUAGCUAGAAGUGGCGAUGGAAAGGACGCGGCUUCUGAAAGGGCGAUUUACAUCCAGGCAGGACACGAGGCUGGGGAGGGCAUCCCGGAACAAGACAUUAUACGAUUGCCUGAGGUUCGCUUCGGUGGUCCUUGGCAUCAUGAGCAUCAAUUGACGUGACGCAGUGGCCCAAACUGCAGAAGAACGCGGUCUGAAAUACCGGACCGUGGCUGUCGUAUUGACGUACGUGAAUAUAAUGGCGAGCAGGAAUUACCCUUGGUCUAUCUGCUCUGAUGGUAUAUUGUCGUAUUUGAGCCCCGGUGAAAGCUUCGCUCUCAGAAUGCAU